AAAGCGUGUUGUGUCCAUCGCAUUCGUCGCCACGAUGCUCGUGGACCUCAUGGACCGGUGGGUGUGGUGGCUGAUGUCGUACCUGUGGACGUUCACGUGGUAUGGUAUGCUUACGGUGCUUGGCGUCUCCACACUGGUUGUGUCGUUGGGGGAUUACGUACUCACGUUUGCCCUGCGCGUUGGUGCCUCCUCGAUCGUUGGUCCCUCUAUCAGUAUUCGAUGGUCUUUCCUGCAGGGCUCGUUAGUUGUGGAGAACGUCGUGCUGUCUCCGUCCACGUUGGAUCCUCAAAUCACGCCGUACCUCCCUGCCACCGUGGACAAAUCAACACUUCGCCGCUUGUCGCUGACGGUGCCCAUUUUCACAUUUCUGCUCAAGGCAAUCACACGCCAGCUCGACGCACUUCCAACGUGGGGCUUGGAAAUCGACGGGCUCCAUGUUGCACUCCAGAUUGACCCUGCCAUGAAGUGGCGAUGGAAAGUACAGGACAACAAGGAGCGGUUUGCCGCCGCCGUCGCUGACGCCAAACACGCGCGUCUGCAGCUCCUUCAAGCGCACACUAUGCUUAUCCUGCAUAAACUAGCAUCUCUCGCCGUGGCACCUCAUCCUUCGACUCCCACCAAGACUGCUAGUCCCUCGUCGUCUGCGAGUUUCCACGAAGUCGUUGUGGAUGCCAUUGCCCAGAAAGUCCAGGUCUCGUUCACGAACAUCGCAGUGGUGUUGUACGCCCCUAUUACAGGAUCAAUGACGUUCCAAUGGUCGGCGUUUCGACUGUGUACUUCGCGAGUUUUGGACCCCCUGCUAGAAUCGCGACAGAUCGAGUUGCUUGGCGUCGGCAUGGCCAUUAAUCCGCAAGAAGUCAAGGCCAGCCUCACCAGAUCGUCCGCCACCUACGCCUUGGAUCCAUUCGACCUGCGCAUUGUUGCCGAAUAUGCACCGGUGAUGCAAGGCCUCCUGAAGACGAACAAAGACGUGAAUGUCACAGUCGAGUGCCCUCAGCUUCAACUCGCCAUUGAGCCGGCUCAAAUGGUGACGCUAAAUGCAAUCUUAGUGCCUAUGGCCGACCACGCAAUUUGGAGUGCUCAAGCGACGCUGGCAGAUCAAUUCCACUGCACCGAAAUUGCCGAUCCAGUCGCGUACAUGGCCGAUUACAAGGGCCACAUCGAGUACACCAAGCUUGGAGUCGUGCAAAAGGUGCGGAUGGCGCUGCACCGUCAGUUGUCUGCCCUUCUUGGCCGAUCUGUCGAAAUCGACGAAAUAGAAGAAGAAAAACACCGUUUAGCUCGGUUGGUAGCGGUGGAAGCCAAGAGUCUGGUCAUGGACUUGAUCGCGCUACGUCGCGACGCCAUGGAGUGGUCGAUUCCGUCAUUUGGAGACGCAUUGCCCCACGUCUCAAGCAAGACGAAAGCGGCAGCCGACUUGGAGAAGUUCCUGGUCACCCCUAUUGAGCAUUACCUGCCGAAGACGACUCCCUCCCCGCCCUUCUUGAACGAACUGGCGGUCGUCGUAGCAAUGGAUCACGUGAGUGUGCAGUGCUGGUCGAGUCAUGCUGCCCCGUUGGUGGAGUUUUACUUGGACAACAUGGCCACGACCGUGAAAACGACCCCUGCUACCAUGGUACUCGACCUCGUCGUCCGCAGCAUUGGGCUGCAGGACCUGCGCAACUCAUCAGCCAACGUCUACCCACAUAUCCUGGGACGCAACCCCGACUGCAAUGACAUGAUCCGCGUGGGGUAUCGUGUCGAGUCGGGGGACACCGCCGACAGCAACGCAACCUCCAACACGACAGUGACCUUUGUCAUGGCGAACUUUUCGUUUUUGCUUAUCACAAGUCCGCUAUUCGAAGCAUUGAAGGCCUUGACCCUGGACGAGGACGAAGACGUGCUCGUGUGGAAAGAAGACGAAGUUCCGCCACCGCCGCCGCCGCCUGUUGUGUACGCCACGCAAGUGGACGGCCUUUACAAUCCAACGUUGCUUCAAAGCAUGGGGCUCGACGCGACCAUACAACUCAAGGGGUGCGAACUGUGCUUGCUCGCCGACCCGUCUUCGUUUCAAUCGCACAUUCUCGCGCUCACGUGCGACGUGGACGUGUCUGCCCAAAGCAACCACGGCGGCUUUGAAUCGAUCACGAUUGCCAUGUCGGACGUUGCGCUCCAGCCAUGCAAGGUGCAAACGACAGUCGACGGUAUUGAUCUGGAGCUUCCCGGUCUUCGAACGCUGCUCGAACUUGAAGGCGACGGUGUCGACGUCGAAGUGCACUACGAGAUGCGUCUGCCUCCCCGACCUCAAGCACUGGACGACCCCACCAAGGUGACGCAGUCGGCAUCCGCGGUAAAAGCCGAAACAAAGCGGGCAUGGGGGGUGCUCAAGAAAGCCAUGGACGAUGGAAAUUUGCCCAAUGCGUCGACGUCGGUGGUGGCUGUAGGCGGCCCGCCAGCUCUUCCCGCCGUUUCCAACUCCACGGACCAAGACACUGUGGUGGCCGAGCGAACACUUCGCCUGAAAGUGUCGGACUUUGCCUUAAACGUGUCCAAGGAAGACAUUGGAUUGUUUGGCGCGAUUCAAGCGCGACUGGGCGACCAGAUGGAGGUGUCAGUGGAGAUUGUGGAAGCCGCGCAAGAAAAGGGAAAGCGAGUUGCCGAAGCGCGCAAGCGGCGCUUGCAAGAAGAACAGACGACUCGGUUGCGACAGCAAUUCGACGCACUCGAUACGGACGGCGGCGGAUCGCUCGACCAUGGCGAGCUGAUGCAGCUCGUCCAGCUUCUCGUAGCAGACAUGGGCCUGACGACAGAUGAGGCGCAGCUGUGCCACGACACCCUCGUGAAGCAAGUCGACACAGACCAGAGCGGGGACGUGAGUUUUGACGAAUUUGAAGCCGCGCUGAACCCCAAGGAGCCCCCGUACGUGCUUCUCCACGAAGGAACUGUCCAGCUGACGGCGCAAGAGUACUCGAACCCGCGGCUGCGACGCAACCACGUACCUAGGGUGCAUCGUGCGUCGGGCCUUCCCGUACACUUGAAGGACUCCGCAGUGUUUGCUGUUUUUUGGAAAAAGUACGAGAUGCAGACAGGUGCGACAAGGACGUCGUUGCAGCAACAGUCGCCGCGCGUCGUCCAAGAAAAGAUGAUUCGCGUGUUCAAGAGCUACGAGUACGCUCAAGAGACGUGGAAUGUGUUGGUGAACCCGAGGUUGAAGCCUGCCGAACAGUGCCCUUGGUUGAUUCUGCCACACGAAGUGGCUGGCGCGGGCGUAUCCCAGUUUGAAAAGAUGUUGACCAAGGACGGUGGCGGCACGUUGGACAAAGCUGCCGCAUCUGCGCUGAAAGCGUCGACGUCCCCUGUGACCGGCAUCGACUUGGCCCAGUACGCGCAAACUCCGGUCACGAUCCGGACCGAACUGCACACGGAAUUUGGCGGGUUUUACUUUCGCAUGGUAGACAAGAUGCUCCCAGCCCACACGCCGGCCCUCGAGUUUGCUUUGGAAGAUGUCCAACUCCAUGGAAUCGUCACGACCAAAGAGAACAACAUGAAGCAAGCGAUAGACUCGGCCGUGCUCACGUUCCACACAGCCCUGUAUUGCAAGUACUACAACACGUCGGCCCGGCAGCUCGAGCCCUUUAUCGAGUACUACCCUCUUCAAAUGGCCAUCAAGAAGGAACCCGACCAAGAUAUGGCAUGUUACCUCGUGUCGGACUACCAUUUGCAAAUGAAUGUGACGGCGACGUUCAUGAAGGUGCUGACCGCCACCCAAGCUGCCUUUUACGACGCUACGUCGAGCCACGACGCUGUCGAGCGCGAACACAUCAAGGUGCUGAAGGGACUUUGCUGGAUCUGCAAUGAAGUCGGUACGCCGUUUACGUACUACGUGCAGUCGCGGCAGGCCACGCUUGUCGAACUGGCGUCGGAAAAAGUCACGGUGCACUCGCUGCACUAUGCGGUUUGCCGCUUGCUUAACGAAGAGGAAGACUUGAAGGGCGCGAUGGCGGAGAACAUGAAGGAGAAGGAAAUGCGCGCGGCGUUCCGGGCCGCUGACAAGGACCACAGUGGCGAACUGGAGCGUGACGAAGUACAUGAGGUGUUGCGAUCGGUGCUCAAGUCGUACGACGAAUUGACGUCGGCGGAAAUCGACAAACAAGUCGAAGCGUUUAUGCUGCUGGCGGACUCGGAUGGGUCGGGAACCGUCAGCUGGAAGGAGUUUCAACUAGCGCUAGCCAAGACUCGCACGGUGGCGCAGCGCACGCUCAGCAUCGAAAUCGACGGAUACGAGCCGAUCCAUGGGCUCGCGCUGGACGGAUUGGGUGAAGACAUGGUCGUCGAACUCAUUCCCCGCAUCACAAUCCCCUUCAUCUACGACGACGUCGAGAGCAUGUACAACGCAGGCAAGACGUACUUGACGCAAGAGGAGGUGUCGGUGGACGACUUGAACCGCGGCGUCCACCUCAUGCACUUGGUGGAGGAGCAAAAGCCCGGCUACAGCUGGACCCGGUCGUUUUUGGACACCCAUGAGCCCAACUUUUGUCCGCGGCUGCUGGCGGUGCAUAUCACAGUCGACAACACACACGGGAUGACUGUCACAAUCAAGACGGCCGAAUAUAUUCGAAACGAAACAGCGAAAGUGACGCAAGUCCUCUUGCACGACGACGGCAUGGCCGUGUCGGAUCUGAAUCCUGCGCAGGAGGGUGUGAUGGAGCGGUUUGUCACGAUUGCCCCGUACUCGAACUACAGCAUCCCAUUGCCACUGAUCGAGCACGGCUUUUUCCGCAUUCGACAAGUUGGCGAGGAGUCGUGGAGCAAUGCCCUCCCCCUGACGGUCUGGCCCGGUCGCCAAACGCGUCAGAGUGUGACGAAGCACAUCAACAUUGACGACCAACCGACCACAAUUGAGCGGAUCGGCGACAGCGCUUGGGCCAUUGUACUGCGGCCGCAGCUGAUUGUGCAAAACACACUGCCGUGUGUGCUCGAGUACAUGAUCGUCCAGCACGAAGACGUGUACAAGGACGGCGUGGGCGGACCUGGGGCCAACAACGUCACGAUCUCCCGCGUGGACAAGGAUUGGUGGUUCUCAAGCAUCAACGAGAUCAACGGCCGGCACAUGACAAUCGCUAGCGGCGCAACGAUGCAAGUGUCUGGCUUGAAUCUGAGCGAGCCAGCAUAUAUGAAGGUCCGGCUGAUGGUGACCGAAGGAGAGCCCGUGGGAGACUGGUUUCCGACCUUUCAAGUUCCAAUCACUGCCGCCGCCGAGGACAAGUUCAACUUUACGUCGUCCAUGGAGAUUCCCCACGGACCGACCGUUCAGGUGAAGCACUCGUGGUCCACCAAGCACCAAAUCCCGCGCACGAUGGAGUUUUACGUCCCGUUUUGGAUACAAAACCGAUCGGGUCUCGACUUACGCUACAAAAUCUCAAACGGCAACCAUUGCACGUGGGACGAGCACGCUGCGUACUUUGGCCGUGGGUUCCACACCGUCCCUUUGCUUGUCCAAGCGCCUCCGACGAAAGCUUCGUUGGCCGUGCUGCCGUACCAACCCACACCACACGACAACGACUUUCAGGACCACCUGUUGCCGCCCAAGGGCAACGUGUCCGGCGAGGUCGGGCCGAAAGUCCGCAAGUACCUCCCCGACUUCAAAGCACUCAAGUUUUCGCAGCCUGUCGACAUUUCCGCGGUCGGCACGUAUAGCGAACUCUCGUGUGGCACGACCGAUUGUGUGUUGGGGUACGAGAUUGCAGCCGCGCCGAGUCAGUUUGAGCUGUCGAAAGUUGUCGUGAUCUUGCCGAGAUAUGUUGUGGUUAACCACGUUGACCGUCCGCUCCAGUUUACUCCGCUCACGGUCACAAAAUUCCUUCCCGUCGACGUGGCUAAAAUCAACGUCAUGCUCAAGCCUCAGGACGCAUUGAUUGUGUACCGCUUUGUCGGGAAAGAGAAGCACGUGCCAGCCUUGCGCUGCCGCGAUGCUUUGGUGCAUAAAUCGUGGACAGAGCCAGGACCGUGGGCACCGCCCGUGCCGCUAAACCUCAAGCAAUCUACCUGCAUGUGGCUCCGCAGCCCCCUCGGCGCGGCGCCAUACAUUGAAAUGGACGUGCAGCCCAGCGGAGCCACGUCGGCGACGACGUUUGUGCUGGUGAAGGACCGGACGUUGUCUCCCGCGAUUCGCAUUGAAAACCGAUCGACGCAAUAUGCCCUGCGCUAUGUCCAACUAGGAGUGAAACACGCGCAGGAACGAGUGGUACCCCCGAUGCGGUGGCAUUCUUAUGCGUGGGACAGCCCGUUUGAAGCGGAUCUCAAGCUCAAAGUGUAUGUGGGGUCGUCCCACUCGACGCUGCACGUCGACUUGAUGCACAUGACCAAGCUCAGCACGCUAUCUCCGGACGGCGGACGCACACAACUCCAUGGCGAAGUCUACAUCGAUGGCAAUACGCGCGUCCUCGCCGUUGGCGACGAGCCUGUGUUCCAGGAGCAUCGGCGUCUUGCCGACGACGACGUGUUUCGCGACAUGCUGCUCGACGUCGGCCUCCACGGCAUUGGUAUCACAAUGGUGGACAGCACGCCGCAUGAAGUGAUGAACUUGACUCUGGACGGGCUCCACGUGAUGUCCCCGGCCCACUCGAACUGCAUGACGUACGAUCUGCACCACUUUCAAAUUGACGACAUGACGGUUCGCCCGAUGUUUCCCGUCGUGAUUUGUCCGACCGAUUCAGGAUACAACAGUCACAAGAAAGAAGGAUGGCUGGUGGAAGACGGUGAGCAUCCGUGGUUCCACAUGGUUGUCGACAGCUACACGGACGGGAGCAUGAUGAUCCUCGACGAAUUCAUUGUGGCGAUGGGGAGCCUCGACAUCAAGUUGAAUCUGGACUACAUUUUGCACCUCUUGGACGUGUUUUGGUCGAUUUUGUACCCGCCGCAAACGGCCGAUGAAGUCGAAUUGGCUGGCAAGAUUGCAGUCGAGCAACUCCUCCACCGACGCCUCGAGGUCCCGGACGCGGCCAUGCUGGGUCAGCUCAUGUACUUCAAGCACUGCGACAUUGAACCGUAUCGGUUGAACGUGGUGCUCCACUCUGCACCAGAAGACUCGGAGUCGGGGCUGUCCAAGAUGCUCGGCAGCACGGCCGGCAGCAUCAUUGGCGGCAUUGCCCACAUCGCGCCCGAGUUUGUCAUUCGGGGCAUCACGCGCGACGACCGGUUCAUCUACUACGACGACUUUUUGUGGAACACGGUCAUUUACGACACGAUUGUCGGAAGCUGCAUCAGUCAAUGGUACAAGGUUGUGGGCAGCAUUGAAGUGCUGGGCGACCCCGUUGGACUGUUGCACGAGUUUACAGACGGGUUGGCGCUGGCCGUGCGGCAGACAAAGCGUGACUUCAAAGGCAAGAGCCGACACAAGGGUCAGGGAGCAGUGACGUUGAUGCAAACCUUGAUUGGCGCUCCCAGUGAAGCGAUUGGGAAGGCGAGCAACGGCGUGGGUGACAUUUUGAAGAAGGCUACCCAUUUUGAAAGCCAAGAGAGCGAGUCGGAGCCGCGCCAUUUGCCCGAAGGCAUGCUCCAAAGCGGCAUUGUGCUCGGAAAGACUUUGGCGCAUGGGGUGUCUGGCCUCGUGACGAAACCGAUGGACGGAAUGAAAGAAAAUGGGUUUGGCGGGUUUGCCAAGGGCGUCGGUCAAGGGGCGGUCGGGCUGGUCGCGUCACCGUUCAUCGGCGUCCUCGGAGUGGUCGAAAAACUGAGUCAGUCGGUGCACAACACGACCCACUUGAUGGACGAGAAGCAUUUUGAAGGCACGCGGCGAAUCGCCCGCAAAGGCGCGCUCAAAUCGAUAGAAGAUUCGCCGCUCCUGGCUGAAAUGGAAAUCCUCGUUGUCAAAGUGACUGGCGUUCCGCUCAAGUCCAACGUCAAAGUGUAUGUGGGGCUGCACGAGCUCGUCCCCGGCGACGCGCUGACGCCCAUUUCCAAGCGAAUCGGCAAAGAAGUGGACAAAUUCAAAUCCAAAAUCAAGCGGCACGCGAUGGGGGUCGCCGACCUGAACCAGUCGCGCAUUGUGGACGUGACCAACCUCGACAUGGUGUUGGUGUUCAAUGUGGUGCACAAGCGCAAGCCGCUGCCGCGCAAGUUGCUCGGAAAAUUGUACUUGACGAUGGAAGAAGUGUACGAAAAGUUUUCCGCCAUGCCAAAGCGAUUCAAGUGCAAUGCGACGAUUAAAGACCACCUCAAGACGCGCAAAGUGCACCACGGGUCGAUCUUUGAACAGAGUUUGGACCCGCCCAAGCCCAGCAAAUCCAAAUCGCCCGCGUUGACAACGCAUGAGGCAGGGUGGGAACAAGCGUUCCAGCGCGCGGCGACGAUUUUUGAAGAGGAGAGCCGAGCCAGCUACGUGUCGGAGACGGUCCCCCACCAAACCAGUCAGUCCCAAGUGAGCACUGGUAGCUUCAGUGCGAGCGAGUCGCGAGAGCAUGCCAAGUUGCCCAAGGAAGCGCCAGUCGCAUUUCCGCUCGUCGAGGCGGACGAAGGCACCCCCGUCCUGCACUUGAGUUUGCGCUACUUCAACACAAUGCGAUCGUAGGGUAAUCGCCACUGAAAACGAAAAUUCGUUGCUUCCAGCACCGAGUCGACCGAUGUGGCCGCGCUGCUGGAGGGACGUUUUUGUCUGAUCGUAAUGGAUGGGUCGAGUUGGGGAUGCUGCCUCGGCCCGUAGGAGCGCCGAGGCAUCGUCCUGCACCCAUACCAUUGCUCCAGCACCCACACC